AUUAUUUCAAAACACAGCUGGCGAUACCUCGUGUUUUGAGGAGCGGACAGCAUUUGGAGAGGAGAAAAACGUCGCAUGGAAGAAAAUAAGGAUACACGUACACCAGGAUCAGAAAACUCCAGCAAAGUACCCAAAGAGGUUCAGGAGUUUGUGAAAAAUUCUGAUAGUUUCAAAGAAAAAUAUGAUAUUGCACAAGAACUUGGUGGAGGAAAUUACGGCGGUGUUUUUAGCGCUUGGUAUAAGGGUAAAAAUAAAACAUUUAAAGAGCGCGAAGUAGCACUUAAAAUUAUGGAAGAGUCAAGUUUUAAAGACAGUGAAAUAGAAAGUAAUCUGACAUUUUUAAAAGAAGGCCCAUGUGAAAAUUUAGUACAAUUUAUCCAUCUAGAUAAUAUUACUUACAACAAUAAAAAGUUUUAUAUAGUGGUGAUGGAACUUUGUACGGGAGGAACUCUUGACAAAUCCAAAUUUCAGGACAGGUACAAGGAAUAUGAGUUCCAAUUGCACAUAUUGAGAGGCCUAUUUAAGGGACUAAUAUUCAUUCAUUCCUUUGAUCUCGUGCACCAUGACAUACAUGAAGGCAACAUUCUUUUUAAAAGCGAGUCCGACCCUACUGUUAAGUAUGGUGAUUUCGGUUUAACAAAAGAAGAAGCUUCACACACGAAGUGGGAUGACACCAAACGUCUUACAGUCACACUUAUCCGUGUUGUGUUUAAAAUAAAAUCUUCUGUUUCCCUUAAAGUCGGUGAUAUUGCAUCCAAGCUUAGAGAUAAAGAAGUCUCCAAGAACAUUAUAGAAGUUAUUGUAGGACUAAGAGAGAGAAGCAUGGACCUCGAGGACGCCUUAGAGAAAAUUGAAGAUAUGAUAAGAAAACAACCGAAAGAGGGAGAUGACAGAAUUACAGCAUCUGCUCCUGAAGGCUCCUGUUUUCCAAGUACAUCUGGAUUGCAAGGAAGAAGGAAAUCAAAUCAAGAGGAUGGUGCAUGUAAUCAUAUCCAGAAACGCAGAAAGAUAGACGCUGCUCAAGUUGAAUUCAAAGUAAACGAUGUCGAGAUACUGUUCGAUUAUCUUUCACGUAGGUUAGUUGGUCCAGGUACUUCCCUAGAACUGUGUGUUGCACUCUUACACGAAACCACAGUUGUCGAAAGUUGUAAGACAAGGUAUAGUCCUGAAAUUUCUUUUAAAAUCAUGAAUACAUGGAAGUGCAGACGUCCCGAACUUGACCACGCGGAGGAACUGAAGAACGCACUCAAGGAAAUAGGAAGGCUGGAUCUGGCGGAAGACAUCGGAAACUUUUCUAUUGAAAGCUUUCGACAUCAUCAUAUUGAAAUAGAGGGGCCAGAAAUAUAUGUUGGUGAAGACGAUUUUGUACAAAUAUCUAGGCAUCUUGCUCAUACAUACGUGCACGUUGUUCGCUAUCUUGGACUACGACAAAAAGAUAUUGAUAAACUAGAAACCAACUUCCCAUGUGACAUAAAAACGAAAAUUAUCAAAGCAUUGAAAAUAAUUAAAAACAAUUUUCCAUCUCUGAAUAGAAAACAUGUUUGUGAUGCUUUGUACUAUGCUGAAGAAAAUGAUGUAAUUGUUGUUCUUAACAAGGGGUGGGGAAAAGCUUGAUCAUGUAAUAUCCUCGGUGUGUGCUAACUUGUAUCCAUUUAUGAAACAUAGGUAUCCUCUUUCAAUUUCUUGAUUAUAAACAUGUACAUGUAUGCAUGUUUGUAUGUUUGAUAAACUCUUGAUCAUAAAUAAAAAC